GCUUCUCAGCCCUCUUCAGACCUGUCGGUAGGCGAAUCCAGGCUGCGGUUCCCGCCGAGCUGGCCGGUCCCGCUCUGAGCAGCACGGCGGUGACGGCCAGCGGGGCGCACUACAACUCCCGGCGUGCGGCGCGGCGGCGCGCAGGGGUGACAGGCGAUGCUUCCCGGCGUGCCCCGCGGUGGCGGCGGCGGAGAGCGAAGGGCGGUGGGAUGCGGCUGUCGGUGGUGGCCGCCAUCUCGCACGGGCGAGUGUACCGGCACCUGGGGCUGGGCCCGCGCUCCCGCCUCGACCUGCUGCGCAACCUGGUGACGGCGCUGGUGCGCCAUGAGCGCAUCGAGGUGCCCUGGGCGCGGGCCGACGAGAUGCGCGACUAUGCCGAGCGGCUCAUCGACUACGCCAAACUGGGAGACACCAACGAGCGCGCUAUGCGCAUGGCGAAUUUCUGGCUGACGGAGAAGGAUCUCAUCCACAAGCUGUUCAAGGUGCUGGCAGUCCGGUUCCAGCCGCACCCCGGCAGCUACACGCGCAUGCUGCACAUACCCAACCGGGAUGACAUUGACCGCGCCAAGAUGGCAGUGAUCGAGCUCAAGGGGAACCCCUUCCCACCCCUCAUCGUCCCGCGCCGUGACACCGAGAAGACGCUGCUCAACCAGCUUCUGAAGGGCUACCGGGAGGACAUGCAGCGGGCGGCAGCCCCAGAGGCACUCAAGGGCACCCCUGUCUAAGUAUCCCUUUUUAACCUGAUGGAGGCCCCAUGCCCGCACAGGUGUGGGGCUCGGCAUGAGCUGCCCCGGCACCAGUCAACUUGCUGCAGUCCUGGAGCACAGUGUUGGAAGACAUCCCAGCAGAUCUGAAGAUUGAUUUAUAGCUUUAAGGCUCCUCGAUGUGGGGCAGGAGGUGAAGGCGUACUUGCUUCUUCCUGUAGUUUGAAUAGAAAGUCAGCAAGAGAAGGAAGUCAAGCUGGGAACCUUAAUGUUGUUAUUCUCUGUGUAAAUAAAUUCUGUUCAGAAAGUGA